GUAUACGAUGGAGUCGGACGUACAUAGGCAACAUUGGGCUUGACUGCAAGAAGCUCCGACGCCUUUCGGAAGCACCGGUUUGUAAAUUAUGAAAUGACCGCGGAGCUGUGAGCGAGCCGUGGCACCGUCCACAGACCUGCCUGCGAACCAGUGCGGACUAACUGCGGAGUCCACCUGCUGUGUCUCCUUUUAGCAGUCGCUGCUCUUGUGACUGUCCUCUGCAUUUUUCUCUCUCUCUCUCUCUCUCUCUCUCCUAUGUCUUUGUCUGUAAGAGCAGCGAAAUAGAAACCGGUGAGUUGCCUCAAAGUCCGACCUUGCAGUGUUCACGCAGGGGCCUGUCAUACUGUUAAAGCAACACUCUGGGAAAAUUUCAAGGCCAAUGCAGCGAUGAAAUUACCUACUGUUAGAAAAAAAGGGCCUAUAACGCAUAAGGACAUUGUGUUUAAGUCAGUUAACUCUAGCUGAUUAAAAGUGUGCAUAUAAAGUAAAUAACGUUGCACAUAUUGUUGAUUUUAAAUAGUCGGAGCGGUAAUUAUUCUAUAUUUGCAGCCCCGAUUAUAAUAUUAUAAUAUAGCUGUAAUAAAGUAUUCACUACAGAGUCGACAUUUUUCGCCUGAUACAUCAAAGGAAACAUAUUGUAUUAAUACAAUAUGUAUUAAAACAAUAUGAUAACAGCCUCCAGCCCAUACUUGCCUUAAUUUCCUUCAUGCGAUGUGUGACUGUUUUUGUUGGCUCUGUGUGUAUAAUUAAAGCAAGCCAUUUAAACUUUAAUGACAGGAUACUAGUUUGUGUUCAUUCCAAGUUUCCCAUCAUUAUAAAGCUUUUGAUAAGGGCGCCGGUUGUGAUAGGACGGGGGCGGGGGGCAGUCAGAGGAGGGUGGAGUUGACAAAACAACGCACAGCAGCAGGCUGGAAGGCGCAUUCAUCAGGCCACUGCUUCAGAGGGAACAUGCUGCUGUUAUCUACACACACAUAUACCAAUAUAUACAUAUAUUACCCUCAAUUUGCAGAUAACCACCAAGGAAGAUGGCAGAGGUCAGCAUAGCCAAGCGCAAGGAGAAGUGUGAGAACUGCACCAAACAGUGCAACAAGAAACAGGGUGAUGAAAGUGCCAACUCGCAGCACGAGAGAGAUGAAGUCAAUGGACGGGUGAAUGAAGGAUCCCAGUUGUUGCUGAGUGCCUGUCUCUCCUGUGACGGCUGUUUAUCAGAGGAGGAGAGUCUGAAGAUCUCUCAGCAGAGCCUGGAGGAAGUGGAGUGUGUUCUGGCACUCAACAAGAAAUGUGACGUGUCAAAACACAAGGUGCUGGUUGCAUCGGUUUGUCCCCAGUCCCUGCCUUUCUUUGCUGUCAAGUUUGGUCUGGACAUCAGUGAAGCCACCCACAAACUCUGUGGCUUCCUCAAGAGCCUGGGAGUGCAGUAUGUGUUUGACACCACUCUGGCUGCAGGCUUCAGCAUCUUAGAGAGCCAGAAGGAGUUUAUUCAGAGGUAUCGCAGGAGGCAUCACGACUCCCAUGCCUUGCCCAUGUUCACCUCCUCCUGCCCAGGAUGGAUCCGCUAUUCAGAGCGUGUCCUGGGCAGUUUGGUCACUCCCCAUAUCUGCACAGCCAGGUCCCCCCAGCAGAUCAUGGGCUGUCUGGUCAAAGACUACUUCUCAAAGCAGCAGAAGUUGAGCCCAGAGAAGAUCUACCACGUGGUGGUGGCUCCCUGCUUUGAUAAGAAGCUAGAGGCUGUCAGAGAGGAGUUUUACAACAGCCUGCUCGAGACCAGAGAUGUGGAUUGUGUCCUCACCUCAGGGGAAAUCUAUUACCUGAUGGAGCAGAAGAAAGUUUCAGUGGAGGACCUGGACGCAGUUCCACUGGACCAAGUGCUGGGAGAGCCGGGAGACGCGGCGUUGGUGAGGCACGAGGGCCGAGGUUCUGAGGGCUUCCUGGAGCACGUGUUCAAACAUGCCGCCAAAGAGCUCUUUGGUCUGGACGUCCAUGAGAUCACAUACAAGACCCUCAGGAACAGAGACUUCCAAGAAGUGACUCUGGAGCGGGACGGAGAGACUCUGCUGCAGUUUGCUGCCGUCUAUGGUUUCAGGAACAUCCAGACCCUGGUUCACCGGAUGAGGAAGGGUCGUGUGCCUUACCAGCUGGUGGAGGUUCUGUCCUGCCCAGGAGGGUGCUUGAGCGGCCGCGGUCAGGCAGAGAGCGAGGCGGGAGGACGGGUGGAUAAAGCUCUGGUCCAGCAGAUGGAGGACUCUUACAGCAGCCUGCCGGUCCGUCUCCCAGAGGUCAACCCCACCCUGCACACCCUCUAUCAAGACUGGCUGCAGGGCCAGGACUCCGCACAGGCCGGCACGCUGCUGCACACCCAGUAUAGAAGUCAGGGUCAGAUCCACACACAGCCCCCACACAUGCAGUGGUGAGAACAAAGGAAGUGUUUUACUUUGAAGACAUGAUGAAAGUUUAAUGAGGGCCGCCUCCGCUCGGUUCUGAUUCUGCUCAGACCAUCUCGUCUUUCAUGCUGGCACCAUGAAGGACGUGCCGAAGACCAUGCUGCACUAUGGACCAGUGAGUGAAGUCUCCACAGGUGCAGUUCUUCCGUUUGGCCACAGGGGGGCUGUGUCUGUAUUUACAAAAUGGUUCACCUACCCCUGUGUCAAACUUGAGCCUGAGGAGAAAUAAGGGUCCAGAGUCCAGAGAAAAACACCACACCUUUUGUGCUGACUGAAGCAGUGUUGUCCAGGAACUGUUCAGUUACUGCAGCAUGAAAAUAAUUAGGUACAUAGCGCGGCCGUUGUUCUGAGAGACAAGGAAGCCUGUUGCAAGUAUACACUAUUUAUGCCAAUUUACAGAGCAAUAAGCCACCGUGAAAACAUUUAAGAAGCUUUUAGCACAGCCGGAUCUCUCGAACUGAACUGAUGAGUACUGAAUGUACAUUUGCUCCAGAUCCACUGUUCAAAACGGUCCAAUGUGAAACACGCUCGUUUUACUUUGUGUUAAAGUUGUCUCCACUGUUCCACGCUGCAAGACAAAGACUACGUGUCCUCAGACACAUCGAUAGCUAUGCAACAGUGUGAUCGUCUUAUCUCAACACACAGUCAUGGUCAGUGCAAGCUGGUAUGACUCACGAGGUGUUUCAUAAAUACUUAAAAACCUGACCCGGUGAGUGUUUGGUUCAUCCGUCCCAGUGUAGAGAGAGGAAGUAUUUUUAAUGGUACAAGAUGGUUUUAUUUGUAUCAUCACUUUGUUUCCAUUCUGUAAACUAGUGUUUUUUUUUUUAUCAAGUUACCUGUUUCUGUUCAAACAUACAUGUCAUACAUGUUAAGCAGUAAAAUAUUCAGACCAACAAAUAAAAUGAAGUGUCUGUG